AAUGAAUUUUGUAAAGUAAAAUAAAUAAAUAUGUCAUCCGUAUCGGUAUUUUGUUGUUUAAAAGGAUGUUUAGAUAAUUUUACGUUCCAUCCGACAGUGCCUCACGUACCAAGAGACAAUCCAAUUCAAUUGGACACAGCUUUUAUGGGAUAUGAAGUAGUUGUUGUAAAAGGUGGUUUGCGACUGUGUGGUUCGGGAGCAGUAUUAGGAAAUGCCCCUUUGGUUCAAUCAAAAUCAUACUUCGAAGUUAAGGUUCAGCAAAACGGCACAUGGGCUGUAGGUCUUGCCACUAGACAAACUGAUGUCAGUUUGACACAAGGUGGUCAAGAUGAAUUUUCUUGGGCUCUAGGUAGUGACCACAUAAUUCGCCAUAAAAAACAAGAACUACAUAAAAUAAGCUUCCCUGGGUCUCCUGAUGAAGGAAUAAAUCAGAUCAUAGAGGGUGAUAUAAUAGGAGUGGCGUUUGACCAUCUUCAGUUAAAAUUUUUCAUCAAUGGAAAGGAAGUGGACUAUGCAGUCAGUAAUAUUAAGGGAACUGUUUACCCAGCUUUGUAUGUUGAUGAUGGAGCUAUAUUAGACAUAAUUUUGGACAACUUUAACCAUCCACCUCCAUCUGGGUUUGAAAAAAUUAUGUUAGAACAAUCACUUCUUUAAUAUAUACAUUUUUUAGUUAAGAUCUAUACGUAAAUAUGAACAAAUUUUAUUUAUUUUAUAAAGAUAGCUUUAUUUUUUAUAUAAGUGUUUAAAGACCAUUUUUGUAGUAUUCUGAAUACAAAAAGUAUGUUAUACUUUUUAUUAUUAUGUCAAUGACAUCACAGUUACAAAAUAGGUAGCAUUGUCCAAUGGUACAUUCGUAUUUCUAUCUCAUGAUUUAAUGUCAACUGUCUCUAUUAUACUGAUACUUUGUAUAUUUUAGAAAGACUCUCUUAUCUUAUUAGAUACAAUUGAAGCCGGCUAAAGGUGCUAUUUUUUGGCGGAAAAAAUAAGGGGGCAAGAAUUUGAAAAUUAUACUUGACUGAAUAUAAGAAAAUUUUGAAAGAUCUCGGUUAUGUUAGCUUUAUUUAUGAUUUUUUCAUGGCAUAAUAAGGUUUGGGACUUGAUCUAUUAACUUUAUCUUAAAAAUCAAGCAAAACGAUUGCUUUAUGCCAAAACAAUUACAAAACUUUUUACAAAUUACAAUGUCAAACUUAUUAUAAUAGAGCCAGUUAAGAGGCUACAGUAGCGAUCGAUAGGUAGCAACAAACGCGGUCCAAGAUUGCGGCUGUAAUUUUGAAUAUUUUUUCGAGAUAUUUGGCACACGUAUUCGUAAUAUAAUAAAGAAUGGCGGUACAGAGCCCAGUUUGAAAAAUAUAUUAAUAUGUGGAAAUUACUCUGUAAUUAAAUACAAUAUUAAAAAAACGAGCCUGUACCGCCAUUAAGAAGAACAAAAAAAUACUUUUUUCUUCAAAUAAACUUUUUUAUCCCAUUCGUAGAUUUUGUGUCAUUUUGGACCUACUAAAAUUUUUAAUUUCUAACAAGAAAUCGAACAUAUUUAUUAUACCUAAUAACUAAUUAGGCAGCAGAGAAAUUGUCACUGUCAUUUUGACAAACCUGCGUCAGAUUUUCUCUUAUCUCUUCUGUUAUCUUUAUCGAUAUCUGUUCAGUGCAGUAGUGUUUAUUUAUAGUUACUUUAUUAUAUUUUUGUGUAAUAGAACGAAGUUGUUGGCCUAUUUGAAAAAAUAGAUUAUUAUUAAUUGUGAGUUUUAGUUAUUUGUAGGUAGGUAAGUAUAUUUUACAUAAAAAUAUUUCGAAUUCUAAUGAGAGUAUAUAAAGUCUGAGUGCCUUUGGCACUCUAUGAACUAAAUAAAAUAAGACGGCUCUUGUUUCGCUUCACAACGAAAUGAUUAUUUAUUAUUAUUAUUUCGUGCAAAUACCUAUGUUAACAUAAAAUUUUCACCCAUUUUGGUUUAUUUUUAUAAAUAUUUAUUUACUAAUAACAAAAUUGCUUUCUAUUACUUCCAUUUAGCGCGCCUAUGAGUAUAAUUGUCAAAAUAUUGAUCUUAGAUCAUGUCAAAAAUUACCACUGUUGCCAAAGUUUCGCAGACCUUACGAAAAAAGGUAUGAUACUAUCUCCCGAAGUUAUAUUGAUGAUGCGCUACUGUAUGCUCUUAACUUUAAAUCAUCAGAUAUUAAUUUGUUUUGUUUCCUCAACAGCAAAACGACAUUUUUCCUUUUAUUUGUUAUUUAUGUAUUCGUUAUAGCUGAGUUUUUUAUAUUUAUUCUAGCAUUCACAAAAGCUUUUGACUAAAACUGAGGGUAUUCCGAAUGCCAGCAAUUAUUUUAUUUUUUUAUUACAUUUAUUUGUUCAUUAAAUAAUGUAAAGAAUCUUUUAUGUAAGCUCAAUUUUGAGAAUCUUGACUGUAUAAUAGUUUAUCUUAGUUUAAGGCCUUUAACCGAUUAAAUAUGUAUAGAUGUACAUUUUUAACAUAUUUGUAUAUAAUAAUAGAUAUUGUCUAAAUAUUUAUAUAUCGAAAAUAAUAAUGAUCUUAUAUAUUAUACUGGGUGAUCGCUAUAAAUUUUUGGUGGUAUAAUAUAGAAAAAUAACGGCAAAUUCUACGCAAUUUGCUAUUAUCCCUAUGCGGGGUCUGCUUCGUCUUUCUCCAAGUGUUAUCUUGGCUCAUAUCAAUAUUAACCGCAGAACAAUGUCUUCACAAACGUGUCCUACCUAAACUGCUCCCACAAAGUUUUCUUUGGUCUUUCUCUCAUACUGCCUACUACUUACUCCAGGAAAAUUUAGCAAUUAUUUUAUACUGAUAACCAUCUUAACAUAGGCUUAAUAAUUUUGGCUUCAAUUAGUACUAGCCCUGGACUUCAGGUAAUAUUUUAUACCAUUCUUAAUUUUAUCCUAUAUAUUGGCAAAUACAGUUUGUUCUACUGGUAUUGGCCUAUUUGGAAAAGCUGUAAUAAAUAAAUCAAUAGUUUCUUGUACAGAAUGGUCCCUAAAGUAUCACUUUAUUAUUUGUAUUUUUUCUCAAAUAAAUUAGAGAUCUUAUUUUAAACAGUGUUAAAUUUGAUCGGGUAUAUCGCUCGGUAUAACGCUUCAUUGUGGGCGUUGAUGUAGGAUGUGGAAGGGUGACUAGGGGGAAAUAUGAUUUUGAUCUGUCUUUUAAGUGGAAAUAAAAUGAUAGUAUCUCUAAUUUAGUAAUAUUAUUUUUUUAUUUAUUAAGCUUAACUGCUCAACAGAACUUGUAAGCCUAGGGCUAAAACGUUCACAUUUUUGAUUACAUUUUAUUUUAGUCUUAUAAAUUUUAUUUAAUUACACUUGUCUCUUUAUACACUCCUUCACCACCUCCCUCCAUCUCAAUAUGUCCAAUGCUAGUUGUUUCCAUAUCUCAAUGUUACUUUUCUUCAGGUCUUCGUACACACUAUCCUUCCAUCUUUUUUCUUGGUCUGCCUUUCCUUCUCUUUUGUAUUGGCCUUCGGGAGAGUAUCAUUUUUGGCAUUCUUUUACUUCCCAUUCUUUCGAUAUGCCCCAAAUAUCGUAUUCUCUGUGCUUUGAUCGUUGUCGUUAUCGUUGGCUCUACAGUACUUCCAAUUCUUUAUUGGUUCUUUUCCACUGACCUUCUAUUUUCACACCUCCAUAUAUUGCUCUUUGCAUUUUUCUCUCCCAUCUUUCUAAAAAGUAUGUUUGUGACUUUUUCAACACCCAUGUUUCGCAUGCGUAUGUUACUGUAGGUCUGAUAACAGUCUUAUAAAUUCUGAUUUUUGUUUUUCUUGAUUGAUUAAUUUAGUAAUAAGAAAUACAUUAGACUCUAAUGUAUUUGGUAAUACUAACUAUAACUUUUUUCCGUAUCUGAACAACUUAUGGAUCGCACAAGUAAUGGAAAGGACCCCGCAGAAACUUUAUGGGAAAUGGCUCUCUGUCAAAUGCUCUGAAACUUUUUGUUCUGGUAGUCCUUGAUGUGUAAAUCAAAUCAAAAGACUCAAUGGGCGCAUAGCUCCAAAAAAUCAUGGUUUUAAGAUAUAAGCCUCCGAAGUUAUAGGUACAGUAAGGACGUUUGAGUUGGAAUAAAUUCAUUUUCUUGAGAAUGGGUGACUCUGGAGAUAAAUUACAAAUCACGUGUGCCACAAAUGGCGCAAUCCAUGAUUUUUUUAAAUAAGAAUAAUGGUCGUGUGAUAGCUCAUUUAAAAGGUUAUUCAAUUAUCUAUUCAAUAAUAUAAACAUUAACAUAAUUAUUUAUACAGGGUGCCCAAAAAAUUUUUUUGGAUUAAAUUAAUUGAGACAAAAAGAAGAAUGUAUAUAAUUUAUUUAAUUCGAAAUACUUUUUACUGUUGUCCGAAACCAGAAAAAAUGUUUAUUUGAUAAAUAAAUAUUGUUUUUCGCUUAAAUUCAAUAUUAAAGCUACCACCCACCUGUCUCUUAGCAGUUUGAACAUUUAAUUUAAGCGAAAGGGGUCGUGUGAUAGCUUAUUUGAAAAGUUAUUUAAUUCUCUAUUCACUAAUAUAAACACUAACAUAAUUAUUUGUACAGGGUGCCCAAAUUUUUCUUUUUAAUUAAAUUGAGACAAAAGGAAGAAUGUAUAUAAUUUAUUUAAUUCGAAAUACAUUUUACUGCUGUCAGAAAACAGAAAACAUGUUAAUUUGAAAAAUAAACAUUGCUUUUCGCUUAAAUUAAAUGUUCAAACUGCUAAGAGGCAGGUGGGUGGCAGCUUUAAUAUUGAAUUUAAGCGAAAAAUAAUAUUAAUUUAUCGAAUAAACAUUUUUUCCUGUUUUCGAACAACAGUAAAAUGUAUUUCGAAUUAAAUAAAUUAUAUACAUUCUUCUUUUUGUCUCAAUUAAUUUAAUAAAAAAAAUUUUUUGGGCACCCUGUAUAAAUAAUUAUGUUAAUGUUUAUAUUAUUGAAUAGAGAAUUGAAUAAUCUUUCAAAUGAGCUAUCACACGACCCCUAUUCUUAUUUAAAAAAAUCAUCGAUUGCACCAUCACGCCCAGAUGGAUGACAUCACUAGUAUGAGAUAUAUGUCAAAAAAUUAUAGUUUAAAAAUAAAAAUCGACCUGAUUUGUAAUUUAUCGCCAGAGUCGCCCAUUCUCGAGAAAAUGAAUUUAUUCAAAGUCAAACGUCCUCACUGUACCUACAACUACAGAAGCUUAUAGCUUAACACCAUGAUUUUUUGGAGCUAUGCGCCCAUUGAGUCUUUUGUUCUACACAUCAAGGACUGCCAGAACCCAAAGUUUCAGAGCAUUUGACAGAGAGCCAUUUCCCAUAAGGUUUCUGCGGGGUCCUUUGUGAAGCUUGUCAUAAUUGUGGCCAUUUUUGAAUGUUCCGAAUUUGUGACUAUAUUUGUCACAUAAUCCAUUGUAAAAAUUAAUUUAUAUUUAAAUCUAUAAAUUAUGGCUACAAUAAUUAUUUGUACAAAGUGUGUUAAUAAGUAUCCUAAAUAUAGUUGAAUCAAAAUUAAACUUAUUAAAGUAAAAAUAGCUUAAACAAAAGCAAAUCUAAAUAAAUACUCCAUAUAAUCUUUAGUAAAUAAAUAAUUUCACCUCUUUACUGUGAAAGAGUGCUCUUUCUUCCAUUGUAUAUUUGUUUGUGGUUGCUAGGACCUUACCUUAAAAUUUUCAAGUGUGCCGUAAAUCAUCUUCAUCAUUCAGAACAUUAAUAAGAUUCAUAAUAUUCAGGAUGCUUAUUCGUUCCGUGCAUUACUGACCCUAGCGUCGUCACCUGACAUUUUUGGCGAUAAUUUUGAAGUUAAGCAUACGAUAAAUUAAAAAAAAUUUAAAUCAAACAUAAAAUCCUUCCUCCCUAUAACAUUUGCUACCUUUUGUCAUUAAAUAAUAAAACCGUAUAUGACUAUUUAACAGAAUUUAUUUCAAAAAGUAACCUUAACUUGUGAGAGCACAGUUAAACUAGUAACCUUUGUUUUACCCCAUUUGUUUAAAACCUUCUUUCCGUGACCCAGUCUAGUUUGUGUAUUAAUUUAAUGUCUUGAUGGGUCCCUAGACGAGAAGCGAGUAACCAUGUGUAUUCCUUACUGAUAAUCAAAUAGGUAUUGUGAUAAUUACUUUCUUUUCUUUGCUUUAGGAAGAACUUAAAAAGUUGUGACUGGCUGAAUGGCAAAAGCCUAUGCCAAAAAAAGUAUACGAUAAAUACAUAUUGUGAAGUUGCAAAUUAUUAAUAAUAAGAUUUUAAACUAUAUUUUUCCAAUUUAUGUAUAAAAUGGAUGUAGUAUUAAGAACCGAGUUCCUAAAAAUUCAUCACAAUAUAUCUUUUCAGCCCCAAACGGAACAAAAAGGGAAAAAUCUAUUCUAGUUUUUAAACCAGGAGGAGUAGUUCAAAUUUACCGCGCUUUAAUGGUUGUUUGUAAUUGGUCCAACCGCAGGCAAGUUUACUCCACUAAAUUAUGGAAUUUUAACACUAUUGACUUUUAAAUUUCUUAGGUUAAUUAAUUCUAUCGGCCAUUUUUUGUGAUUUCUGAGUUAUUUCUUUAAUAUUUUUUCGAACUUUUAAAUCGAAUUUGCAAAUUUGUAUUAGUCUUAUAAGUUGUCCGAUACUGAUUACUGGAUUACCGUCGACAUGAUCAACAAAAAGAAAAGAUAAAUCUGGGGAUCUUUAUAGUGACAUUAUUUGGUGUGAAUCUGUUUUUUGAGUUUAUUCCUCCUAGUUUAAAUUUUUUCUCUAAUCUAUUUGUCAUUACUGGAGAUCUAUACAGGUGUCCCCGAAAAUAUUGCGUUCCUUAAAUGAAGAGCAAAAAAGUCUUAUUACAUUUUUGUCUAAAUUCAACCGUUUGGCCAAAAAACCAAAAUACAUUUUGGUAUGCAAAUUGAAAUACAUAUGGCAACUAUGUAUACAAAAAUCUAAAGAUAGACAGUCACAAUUCAAAAAUUUACAGUUUUAGCUGGUAGUAAAGUAAUAAUAAUAAAUCAUGUAAAUAUCGAGGGAAACCUCAUUUUCGACAUGGGCCUUUAGUAUUUACAUUAAACCCUGUCUUCCUCCUCAACAAACAAACAAAUUCUUGUUUUGUUUGAUUUUCAAACAUGGGGUGGUAUGGUUUUAAAUCAACAUUUCAAGCACAUUUUUGUGAUUUUUUUUUAACUACAGUACGUUUAUUACACAUUAAAACAAGAAAUAAUUAUUUUGCAGGUGACCUACAUAUCUGGCGUCAACAACCUAAAAAUCGCACCUCAAAUAGUAAAUAAACAAAGAGUUCCAUUAUGUUAAAAGUCACAAACAGUUCUUGUACAGUGAUGCCAGAUUAUUUAAUUUUAUGAAAAUAACAGUUCACUUAUAUGGAAAACAAUUUUUUAAUAUCGGAGAGGACCACAAAAAAAUCAAGUGGUGGAUGCUAAAAGAUGAGAAAGAGGUCAUUUAGGGAAAGAAUAGUAGAGAAAAUAUGUUGGAACAUGAAAGGAAGCCCUACUACAAUUUGGAGAAAAAUGGCCAGUAGUAUUAGAGAUACUGCUAUUGAAAUACUGGGGAAAACAUCAGGAAAAAAGUUUGAGAAUAAAGAGACUUGGUGGUGGUCAAACGAAGUUUAAGGAAAAAUAAAAGAGAAGGGAAAAUUAUAUAAAAAGUGGCAAGAAACCAGAUCCAAUACAGAUCUUCAAAACUAUAUGGUCGCGAAAGUAGCAGUAGCAAAAGCUAAAGCAGAAGCGUAUUCAAACCUAUACGAUCAACUUGAUACCAGGGAAGGCGAAACGAAGAUAUAUAAAUAGCCAAACAGAAAGCAAAAGAUUUUUAAUCACAGAUCCGAGAUGAAAAUAAUAAAAUACUAGUUCACGAAAAGGAUGUCAAAAAGAGAUGGAGAAAGUACUUUGACAGCUUAUUAAAUGAAGAAUUUGACAGACAGCCUGUGGAGUCAACGGAGACAGUAGCAGCAAUGGUCACCAAAAUAACAAACGUGGAAGUGGCUCAAGCGCUUCAAAAAAGUAAAUAAAGGAAAAGCGGUAGGACCAGAUGAUAUUCCUGGGAAGUAUGGAAAGCAUUGGGAGAGACAGGAACAAGGUGGCUAGCAGGUUUAUUUAAUAGAAUUAUGGAAGUUGGACAAAUGCCAGACGAAUGGAGAAGCAGUAUACUAGUACCUGUCUACAAAAACAAGGGAGAUAUACAGCAGUGUACAAACUACAGGGCUAUAAAACUGCUUAGGCUACGGCUCCACGGGCGAGAAAUUGACGCUAGCAGUAGCCGUAAAACGAACUUAAGGUUCCGCGGAACGGAAUAGGAAUAGCCGAACUGCACCGACUACAGGACUUGUGCGUAGUCGGUUCAGUUCGGCUAUUCCUAUUCCGUUCCGCGGAACCUUAAGUUCGUUUUACGGCUACUGCUAGCGUCAAUUUCUCGCCCGUGGAGCCGUAGCCUUAGCCACACCAUGAAAAUAUGGGAGAGAGUAAUUGAUAGACGGAUACGUGAAGAGACCGACAUAUCCGAGAAUCAAUUUGGCUUUAUGCAGGGCAGAUCAACAACAGACGCAAUUUUCAUUAUAAGGCAGUUGAUGGAAAAAUACAGGAGUAAAGAAACAAACGCUCAUAUGGUAUUCAUUGAUCUUGAGAAAGCAUAUGAUAGAGUUCCUCGAGAGAUUCUGUGGUGGGCACUCAAUAAGAAAGGAGUCCCUGGUGCAUAUGUAAAGAUUGUGAGGGAUAUGUAUGAGGGAGUAACGACUAGUGUUAGGACAGGUGUGGGAGAGACUGAUAAAUUUCAUGUGAAAGUAGGAUUGCACCAAGGCUCGGUGCUUAGUCCGUAUUUUAUUCUUAUUAGUUUUGGACCAGAUAACAGCGAAACUACAGGGUAACAUUCCAUGGUGCUUAAUGUAUGCUGAUGAUGUGUUAGUAGGAAAUAGUAAAAGAGACUUAGAACAAAAACUGGAACAGUGGACACGAGCUCUGGAGGAAAAAGGUUUAAAAUUUAAGAGUAUUUGGAAUGUUCAUUUAAAGAUGGAGUUACUACAAAUAAAAUGGUAUCUUUGGAUGGUGAACUGAUUGUAAAAAGCAAUAGUUUUAAGUACCUGGGAUCGGUAAUACAGAGUAAUGGAGAAAUAGAUGGAGAUGCAUGCAGUAGAAUUAGGGCUGGAUGGAUGAAGUGGAAGGAAGCGAGUGGUGUGUUGUGUGACAGAAAAGUUCCAAUGAAGCUGAAAGGAAAAUUCUAUAAAACAGCCAUGUACGGAACUGAAUGUUGGGCAGUGAAAAAGAAAGAAGAACAACGAAUGCAUGUGGCCGAAAUGAGAAUGCUUAGAUGGAUGAGUGGAGUGACAAGAAAGGAUAAAAUUAAAAAUGAGUAUAUUGUGUGGCACCAAUUGAUGCCAAAUGAGAGAGCAUAGGUUGAGAUGGUUUGGUCAUGUUCAACGUCGAGACAAUCAUCCAAUACGAAGAGUAGCUGAGGUGCAGAUUCCUGGAAGGAGUAGGAGAGGAAGACCAAAGAAGACGUGGGGGGAGACGAUUAGGCAGGACAUGUUGAUAAAGGGGAUUAAUAUUGAUAUGACUCGGUAUAGAAUUCUGUGGAGAAAUGCAAUUAGGGAAGCCGACCCCGCAUAGGGAUAAGGCAAAGAGAAUGAUGAUGAUUAUAUGGAGAACAAUGUAUUUUUUUUUUGGAAACGGUUAACUUUAGAAAAAAAUGUUAUAGGACUUUUUUGUUCUACAUUGUGUAUUAUAUCCAUACCUUAAAGGAACGCACUAUUUUCAGGGACACCCUGUAUAAAUUACGCUUACUUUUUUGGCUGUUAUUAGCAUAAUUAAAUACUUACGCAACAUUUAUUUACCCUUUUUGAUAAUGACACUGAUAUUACAAAAAAUCGCCAAAAUUGUCAUAUUUCGCCGCUACGGACGCUGGCAUCGUUGCGUGUAUCCCCACCAUGGUCACGAACGGAGCGAAUAGCUCUAUGUCAGGAAUUUUGGCUUUGAGGAUUUCAAUAAUAAAACAAAAACUUUGUAAAAACUAUUAUAUUUCUUCAUGCAAAAUAAAUACACAUGUAUAUACCUGA